UGUGUGCGUGAGCGCACCUCCCCGCUUCCAUUGGUACAUGUAUUAAAGCAGUGUGUCUAUAGCCAUCGGUUGUUUCACUCGUGCCCUUUCCAAAUACAACAUUGGCGGCGAUCUACCUACGCGAAAUUAAAAAUGUCCACGUCCAGUGCGCAUUUCGGAAUUUUGCCAACAUUUGAUCACCAUUCGCAGACCUGGAAAACAUUUAAAUCUCGCUUAUUGCAAUGGUUUGUGGCAAAUAAAAUAAAUGCGACGUCGGACGCGACAGGCGAACAAAGGCGAGCGAUUUUACUUAGCACACUCAUUGACGGUACUUACAAACUCGCAGCGGAUUUAGCGUUGCCCAAGAAGAUAGAAGAAGUGCCAUACGAAGAUGUAUUAAAGUUGUUGGAAAACCACUUUGUUCCAAAGGUGUUUGGUUUUAGUGAACGGUACAAAUUCUAUUCGGCCGUUCAACAAAACGGAGAAACGCAUACCCAAUGGGCGGCAAGGCUACGUGGUUUGUCAGCGGAUUGCGACUUCACAAACGUAGAGGAAGUUCUUCGCGACAGAUUUAUGAUGGGCAUGCUGCCGGGACGGGAGCGGGACAAGGUUUUCACGCAGGACCUCAAGGAGCUGACGCUUACCAAGGCGGUGGAGUUGGCUAACGCGGUGCGCUGCGCGCGGGAGGUGUCGGCGGGUGCGGGACAAACGGCCUCGACGAGUGACCAGCUGUUCAAGAUCACCAGCGAGACCAAGGAUUCGGCCCGUGAGAAAUGUGCAGUGUGCGGUUAUUCAAACCAUAAGACGGCCGAAUGUCGUUUUUCUAAUUAUCGAUGCAAGAAAUGCCGCGGUAAAGGCCAUUUAAAAAAAAUGUGCAAAACAGUAAAGUGCAUUAUGGCGAAUGACGUGAGCGAGGGAGACGACGUGUUUACAGAGUAAAGCGUAUAGUGGAAAAAAUAAACAAGAAUUUAAUAUAGGCGAUAAAGUUUUAUACAAAAAGAACUUUAAUAAUAAUAAGUUUACAUGGUGCAAGGGUAUAAUUAGGGAAAAGUUGGGAAAAGUUGUAUAUUUAGUACAAGAUUGUGAACAUUUAGAUAAGUAUAAAAAACAUAAAGACCAAAUAAUGUUAUACAAGGGACAAGAGGACGGUUCGUUUCUAGAUGACAUCUCUCUAGAAGAUUUAUUUUCAUCAGAACAAACCCUUUCAUCGUCGGGUACUACUACCGGCAGCGAGGUGCAAAAUAGUGGGGGAGGAGAAGGCGGCCAAGUAGUCGGUCUAAGCGCAGAAGGUGCAGAGUUAACCGGUUCUUUGCCGCCGCCCAACGACGACCCACAGGAACGGUUCGAGGACGCCGAGUCGGACGACACCCCAGUGGAAGGGUCAGAUGAUCCAGGUGUAUCCAACCCGUCUACUACUGUCGGCCAGGACAGAGUCAAACGAAACCGUCCCCAAGUUAAUUAUAAACCCUAUUUUAAGUAAUCCUUAUAUUUAGACUAGUUGUAAACUAUGGGGAGGAUUGUUAUGUAUGUGUGCGUGAGCGCACCUCCCCGCUUCCAUUGGUACAUGUAUUAAAGCAGUGUGUCUAUAGCCA